AUGGCUGUUAAUUCGUCGACCCAUCUCGCUCCUUCGCCGCUUCCCUCACUGCCUCGUUCCUCCUUCGCUUUCGUUUCUCGCAUCUUCUUGCGCCCUGUGUCCACCUCUGCUUUCCCCUGGCGGACCCUUGUCUCACUUCGUGCUCAGCCGCCGAGUACUGAUGGCUAUGGAUCCCAGCAGCCCCUUGGUUUGGACCAUUCCGGAACUUCCUUCGGCUCCACUGGUUCGCCGUCACCGUCGUCGUCAUCGGUUAUCGAUUUCCUCACAUUGUGCCAUCGGCUUAAGACUACAAAGAGAAAGGGCUGGAUCAAUCAUGGAAUAAAUGGUCCCGAAUCAAUUGCUGAUCAUAUGUACCGCAUGGCUUUGAUGAGUUUGAUAGCCGGUGAUCUUCCAGGAGUGAACAGAGAAAGGUGUAUCAAGAUAGCCCUUGUUCAUGAUAUUGCUGAAGCUAUUGUUGGAGAUAUAACGCCAUCUGAUGGUGUGCCAAAAGAAGAAAAGAGCAGAAGAGAAUCAGCAGCUUUACAUGAAAUGUGCCAACUUCUUGGUGGAGGCAUGAGAGCCGAAGAGAUCAAAGAACUUUGGGCAGAGUAUGAAAACAAUUCUUCAUUGGAGGCGAAUCUUGUGAAGGACUUUGAUAAAGUUGAAUUGAUUCUUCAAGCAUUUGAAUAUGAAAUAGAACAUGGGAAGGUGCUGGAUGAGUUUUUCCAUUCAACAGCUGGAAAAUUUCAGACUGAUGUAGGAAAGAGUUGGGCAGCUGAAGUAUUGUCCAGAAGAAAUUCUAGAUUGACAAACAGCCAUAAUUGAUCUUCUAGGUACUUCUUUUACUGUUCAUCCAACUUACAUAUACAAGUUAUUAGAAAGUUGGAAUUUGUGUAUCUUAGAACAACACACUUCUGGUGAUGGCAUCUUAAAUGCCUCCAAAUCUUUACAGCAGCUUAACCCACCAUUUGCUGCUAAUGAAUUUGAAAAGAAAGGGAGUAAAAAAAGGGAAAUAAAGAAUAAUAAUGUUGAAAUACUGCUUUUUUCACUAGGAUCUGAUCAAGUUGAAAACCAAGUUCAUUUGUCUA